CAGACAACAAACGAUCUUCGGUGGUCACGCGGCAGAGAGAUGGGCGGGCAGAGCGGGCUGUAGCCGGGAGAUUCGACUCCACACGGCGGCCACGGUCUGUGCUUUUAUUCAGUGAACUACUCAAACAUCUCCACCUUAUCAGUCCCACCAUGACGCUCAUCCGUGUGUUCUUUUUAAGUGGGGCCGGCAGCCGCUGAACGCGCUCAGAUAGCAGAUGGAGGCCAUGGAGGUGGACUCUGCCGUGGAAUUACUGGCCGACGAGCUGGAGAUUGCUCCUCAGCCUGAACCCCGCAGCACCUCUGACUCCGGAAGCAGCACAGAAGUGGAUGAGGAAGAUGACGAAGAGGAACAGAGAGCAGUUCAAACCCCUGUGAGGCUACCUUCCACCUGGGCAUUCAGCCAGAGGGCCAUGGAUGGAGCUGCUGUUGCAUCUCUAGCAAGUCAGGGGGCGCUGAUUCAGAGGAGGCUCAGGCAGGGCCUCCGGGUGCAUUAUCCCAGCCAGACUGCAGCUACCUCCAGGGGUUUUCCAGACUUCCAUCUGCGAGCACCAGCAGCCAGCAUGGCGGAGCCAGAGUCCGGCAGCACCACCGAGGUCAGCGAGUCUGAGGAGGACGAGGAAAGGCGCGAAGAGUCCACGUCCGAUGGAGCCCAGGCCGUCGUCCCUGAUGGGUCUGCUGGUCCUCCGCCUGCUGCUACCGAUCAGCAGGCGGAGCCACAAGAGGCCAGUGCUUCCAUCUCUGCCACAGUUGUUGACAGUGGAAGAACCGAAGCGACGGGUCAGGACUCCCAGACGUCCAAUCCCGAGGAGAACGAAGGCGACACGUGCACCAUCUGCUUCGAGUCCUGGACGACGGCGGGCGAGCACAGGCUGUCUGCUCUGCGCUGCGGACAUCUGUUUGGCUACACCUGCAUCCACCGCUGGCUGAAAGCUCAGGGGUCUGCGGCCAAAUGCCCACAGUGCAACAAAAAAGCAAAGCGGUCAGACAUCGUGCUGCUGUACGCACCAAAGCUCAGAGCCCUGGAUAACUCUGAGCAGGAGAGCUUAAAAAAGUCUCUGGAGCAGGAGCAGUCCCUGAGGAGGAAGGCUGAGCUGGAGUCUGCUCAGUACAAGCUCAAGCUGCAGGUGGUCACCACCAAGUAUGGACAUGCACAGCAGGAGCUCCAGGAGUUGAGAACCCUGAUGGCCCAGACUGGCAGGAGCUCGGUUUCCUCCUCAACCUCCUCUUCUUCAUCAGCCUCCCUCCCCUUCAGUCUGUCCCAGAGGGUGGACGGUUCCCGGGCAGCUCACUAUAGCUUCUCCAAGGGGGUGCUGGUGUCUCAAGCUGGAGGCUGCAGAGUUUUGGCCUACUGUGACCCUUUGAGCUGCCUCCUGGCAUCACAGCCGUCUCCUCACUCCACUCUGGUGCCAGGCUGUGGGGUGAAGAAGUUGAGCAUGGUGAAUAUGAAGACGAGCCAGUACGUUCCCAUCCACAGCAAACAGAUCCGCGGUCUGUCCUUCAACAAUCGCAACGACAGCCUGCUGCUGUCUGCUGCGCUGGACACCACCAUCAAACUGACCAGCUUGCUGACCAACACAGUGGUUCAGACCUACAAUGCGGGGAAGCCUGUGUGGAGCUGCUGCUGGUGCUUGGACAACAGUAACUAUGUCUACGCUGGCCUGAACAACGGCUCUGUGCUCAUUUAUGACACUAGAGACACCAGCACUCACGUCCAGGAGCUGCAGACGCCGUGCUUGAGGUGUCCCGUGACUUCUCUAUGCUAUGUCCCAAGAGCGGCAUCCAGCUCGUUCCCCUGCGGCGGGCUGAUCGCUGGUUCUCUGGUGGGCGGGUGUUUCUGGGAGCAGGUGAAUGAGACCACCUACCGGCCGCACAUUCUUCCGCUGGAAAACGCAGGCUGCAUCGACAUCCAAGUGGAGGCCGAGAGCAGGCAUUGUCUUGUCACUUACAGGCCAGGACGCACCAAUCCAAACCUACACUGUGUGCUGAUGUCUCUGACCCGAAGCCCUCAGCAGGACACCGCCCAGCUCCCCAGCUGCUCCUGCUCCCCAGUGCAGACGUUCGGCGGUGGAUCAUCCUGCAAGCUGCUUACCAAAAAUGCCGUCUUCAAGAGUCCAGCUGGAAAUGGGUCACUGGUCUGUGUUGGGGACGAGGCCUCCAACUCCACCAUGAUCUGGGAUGCUGGCACCGGCUCUUUGCUCCAGAAACUUCAAGCCGACCUCCCGGUGCUCGACAUCACCCCUUUCUCUGUAAACGGAGAGCACUUCCUGGCCUCUCUGACAGAAAAGAUGAUCAAGCUGUACAAGUGGGAGUGAACUGAGGGAACCGCUUUAGUCCUCAUCUGGCUCACGAGUGGCCUAAAAUCUGAAGUUUGAACAGUCAAAUCCUUCACUGCACUUCAGAGUCUUACUUCAUGGAGGUCACCGCUGCCUCUGUGGUUCUUGUCUUAACCAGAUGGUCCGUUGGUUCUGCACAUCUCGGCUGUUUGGGUCAUUUGGGUAAAAAGCCUCAAAUGUUUGCUGCAGUGAAGUUUGAGGAUGGUCGACACUUUCAUCACUAAUGUUCAUUUCCACACUCGUGAGGUACUUUCUGCCUCGAUCAAGCAAACAUUUCAUUUGACCUUUUACAGGUCGUCUGUUCACUCUGAAACGUUCUGCUCUCCGUACCGUUUCCUGAAACAUGACUGCUGAGCUGUCAGUGGGUUUCACAGUGAGUUCAGAAAUUAAGCCUCAUCAUGCUCCGCUAAAGAGACCGACUGUCUUUUUAAAGGAUUCUUAGCAAAUGACCUAGAAUGUGUUCAUCCACAAAUGUGGCCUCACCGUGUAUUUCUUCACACCAUAAAGAGUCCGGCAUUGAACCAACCAUCUUCAUCAUCUUCAUUUCUUUCCUCCUCACUUCACUUCAGCGGGAACUUCAAGUGCCAAAGCAGUCUGCUUUUGUAAAUGUCUGUGGUUAUUUUUAAUAAAGUUGUAUAUAUGUAUAUUUCUUACCAAAAGCUUGUGUACAACUUCAAAUUCAAUAAAACUGAAUUUUUUUGGGUUUAUUUUUGUUGAAGUUA